UGGGAGGGACUGGGCUACGUGAUGCGAGUUGGAAUACUGAUUAGUACCUAGUUGAGAAGUUAAGACGCCACCGAUGGUUCAGGCUAUCGUUAUUUCGUUGACUCAUCGGUUAUUCGAACGCACCAAUCGACAGACCCUCAAACGAGCAUUACGAGUUAGUUCGGGCUGAACUCAGGCUAUCGUCCAUGAUGGCUGUGGUAAAGUACGAUUCAGUUCCGAGUAGCGCUUACAAUUGUCCCACCAGCGGCAAAUUGGCUCGCUUCCGCAAUGGAUGGGAAAUUAAUUCCCUCUGUCUUGGUAAUGUCCCCUUGUGGUGUUGCGUACAGCUGACCAGCGAGGAUCCAAAUAAAUACGCCUGGAAGCAAGAAAGAUCUUCAGUCCCAAGUUCUCCCUUGUUCAACAUGUCUCUCCCAGUGCCUCAGUUAUUCCAGCCGGUCUCUGUCGGCGAAAUGCAGCUCAAGCAUCGCAUCGUGAUGGCUCCAUUGACGCGCUACAGCUCUGACUCCGACCGCGUUCCUCUCUCGCUCGUCAAGGAAUACUACGUCCAGCGGGCCUCACAACCAGGGACGCUCAUUAUUUCAGAGGCCAUGUUCAUCGACGAACGCGCUGCCGGAUACCCCCAUGCUCCUGGUCUGUGGUCGGAGGCUCACAUCGCAGCUUGGAAAGAAAUCGUGGACGCCGUGCACGCGCAGGGCUCGUUUAUCUACAUGCAACUCUGGGCACACGGUCGAGCAGCCCAGCCAGCCACUCUGGGCAAGAAUGCCCACGUGUCUGCAUCCGACAUCCCGCUCAGCUACCGGCCCGCGGACGAAAUCAAACCUCGCCCGCUGUCGACGACCGAGAUCGCCGAGUACCUAGAGCUGUACGCGCGAGCGGCGAAAUACGCUGUGGAGGACGCUGGCUUCGACGGGGUCGAGGUGCACGGCGCGAACGGGUACCUGAUCGACCAGUUCACGCAGGAUGUGAGCAACGUGCGGUCGGACGAGUACGGAGGGAGCAUCGAGAACCGGACUCGAUUCGCACUGGAGGUCAUCGAUGCUGUAGUCGCCGCUGUUGGACCGAAGAAAACGGGCUUUCGAAUUAGUCCCUGGAACAAUUACCAAGACAUGCGGAUGAAGGACCCCAAACCCACCUUCUCGUACCUCCUUGAGCAGAUCAAAGCGCGGCAUCCCGACUUGGCCUUCAUCCACGCCGUCGAGCCGCGAUCCGUAGGAGAGGAUGUCCUCGACGACGACACGCUCUCGGAAGACGUCAGCAACGACUUCAUCCGGGAGAUCUGGGCAUCCGAAUCGCGGCGGCUCAUCUCUGCCGGCGGAUAUAAGCGGGACUCAGCCAUCCGGGACGGCGAGAAAGGCGAGCUGAUAGCCUUCGGGAGACUGUUCAUCGCGAAUCCCGACUUGGCCUCCCGAUUGAUGCACGACUACCCUCUGAAUCCGUACGACCGGGACACGUUCUACCUCGAUGGCGUAUCCGACCCGAAGGGUUUCACCGAUUAUCCCUUUUACGCACCAGAGACGCAGCUUCCUUAGUUUCCCCAGGAAGCGCCCCAAAUAAUUUUUCGAAAUAAAGGCCAGAAAGACAGACUCGAGAUUCGUCCAGUGUUUAGCCAAUAUUACCA